CUAAUCGGUCAGUGAUUCAUGAUCGUGGUUAUAUGAUACACGAUAUUUGAACUCAUAUUUUUAAUAUUGCGUGCAUAUGUGUAUAUUAUUAAGCUAUAAAGCAAUAAAAAAAAAAUAAUAAAUCUUGUUAAUAAUUCCUUCUUUUAUGUGCAAAUUUAAUAAAUUUUCAAAACUUAUAUCGUUGUCAUAAAUGUUUAGGCAAUUCAGUGGAUUUAAACAAAGCUAUAAAUUGAUAAUUUUCAAUACUGCAUUUAGAUACAACAAAACAUUUUGUACAAUGACUGAUAUUCAGAAUAAUCCUACUGGGAUUCCUUUAAAUGAAGUUGUAGAUAUACUUAAAAAUUUUGCAAAUCUAUCACUUGCAGAUUCCUGGGAUAAUGUAGGAUUGCUUAUUGAACCUACAGAAAUAAAAAUAAUUUCACAUAUUCUUUUAACAAAUGAUUUAACUGAAAAUGUAAUGCAAGAAGCUUUAAAUUUAAAAACAGAUAUGAUUAUUACUUAUCAUCCUUUAAUAUUUUCGCCUAUGAAAUCCAUAACAAGUUCCUCGUGGAAGGAGAAAAUCGUUGCAAAAUGUUUAGAACAUAAAAUAGCUGUGUAUUCUCCACAUACUACAUUCGAUUCGAUUAGAGGUGGUGUAAAUGAUUGGUUAGCUUCAACAUUUGAAAAUGUGCUUGAAAAUAGUAUACCUAUAAAAGCAAAUGUGAAUAAUAGUGAUUAUGGUUUCGGACGAUUAUGCACUCUAAAGAAUAAAAUUUCUAUCGAUGAGGCUGUUCAACGAGUGAAAAAACAUACUAAUUUGAAAUAUAUUAGAUUAGCUCGUGCAUUCCAAACAGAUGGUUUAAUUAAAACUGUUGCCGUUUGUGCUGGAUUAGGAGCAUCUGUUUUAAAAAAUAUAUCCGCUGACUUGUAUCUUACAGGAGAAAUGUUGCACCAUGAUGUUCUUGAUGCAAUACAUAAAGGAACUAAUGUAAUUCUAACAAAUCAUUCCGAUUCUGAACGUGGUUUUCUGAAAAUAUUUGCAUUUAACUUAACUAAUAUGUUGAACAAAUCUGUAUUGGUUCAUGUAUCUGAAAAUGAUAUUGAUCCUCUAAAAAUCGUAUAAAAUAUUAAAAAAAAAAAAAAAAUUGAGCUGAAAAAAAUCUGAUAUAAAUAUUAAGAUGGAUAUAUACAUUACAUAUGAUAAAAUUUUAUUAUUAAUAUUAUAAAUUAUCACCUCUAUUUAGAGAUUGACAAUCUUUUAUUUCAAUCUGAUGAAGUUAGAGAGAUAUCAGGAAGAAUAAAUACAUAAACAAAUUAUAUAUUGCAAUUCAAUAAAAGUUAUUUACAGCAAUAACAGAAGUUAUGUUUAAAUUUUUAUAUAUAACGCUUGAACUACUUUUACAAUUUAUCUCUGAACAUGUGUAACCAUUAUAUAGAAUCCUUUAAUUUGAUUAUUGAAAUAAUUUUUUUCACAUAUUCCAUCAUUCAUUCAUUUUUUAUAAUUUUAUAAUCUUAUUUGCAUUCAUUCAAAUAUUCACACGUUGGUUAUGAAGAAAAACUUGAUUUUAACAAUGUUAUGUAUGCUUGUAAUCGAUGUUUAUUAAAAAUUUAUAACUAAAUAAAAUAUAAAAGUUAUACUGGUCCAAUUAGAAUGAUUUUAAUUUUGGGUCCGCGUAUCCAAUCUUUUUUCUUUUUCUCAACAUUGUAUAAUUCGUUUAAUAAUACAUGAAAAAUAGUUACACAUAGUAAAGUUCCAUUUUUAAUUAUAUUCUCUCUUAUAAUUCAACAAAGAUAAAUUUAUAAUUCUAAAACCUGAUCUCUCAUUUUUGUUUUAUUAUUAUAAUGCAUUGUGUCCGUAUGUAUAUGAAUACACCAAUGACAAAAUGCGUUAAUACAUAAUGAACACGUUAUAAAUUGAAAUUUUCUAUAUCACCAUAAAUGGUGUAAAAGUAUACCCUGAGGUCGGAUGCCCAAAAAAUAUCAAUCAUGUUAUAUUGUUUAUUGAAAAUAUUUACAGAAUCGACGAAUGUAAAAUUUAAAUCUGAAUGAAUCCGAAUUAUUUGAUUAUUAGAUUAAUAUUAUUUUCUGUCUUUCCUAAUUGAUUAAUAUUUUUAGUUUUAUGUUUUUAAUAUUUUUUAUACUGCGAUAACAGAUUAGUUUUUCGUCAAUGUUGUUGCAAUUUCAUAAAAUUCGUAAAUGGGCAAUACGACGAUUUCGCAGUCAUAAUUCAAUAUUUUUUUAUUUAUAUUAGAAUUAUAUGAUCAUAUGUAUUCUAUCAUUAGAGAUAUAUACAUAUAAUCUAUCAAAUCAUACAUGUCGUGAAAUUAUAAAAACAUGUCGCUUGUUUGUCUACAUGUCUUAACUAGUCUAAAUCGAGAUUAUAUUCUUAUUAAAGAUACUGUUAAAUUUUUUUUUUGUUUUU